AUGGAAGAAAGCAUUGUGAAAUAUCUCACUGAAAAAUUUCAAACGAAGUUGCGCGAGGAACCGAGAGUUCAAUUCCAUGGCCGUUUCAAAGAACUGGAGUCCCUGCUCGAGAGCAUCCCAGCCUCAGUAUCCCCUGAAAAUGGAUCAAUCAAGGAGGAGCUGUACCGCCUCAAUAAUGUCUUGGAGGAGUGCCAAACGCUAGCAAGGAAGCAAAGCCUUGCCUAUCUCAAAACAUUUCUAAGUCCCUCGAUUGUUCAAAUCCGUAGAACCCUGGAUAAGAUCGAACAGGAACUUCACAAGAUCAAGAAAUCUAUAGCAAGUUCGCAUGGGACCAAUAAUGAAGUGGCACAGAGGCUAGAAGCUUCUCGAGGAAGCUCCACAUGGGUCGCUCCGUCAAGAGUCCACGGGCUCAAUAAUGAAGUGGAGACUCUGGAGAGGAUGCUUCUCCAACCAGGAAAAUCGUCCGACUCUUUCAACGCAAUCGCGAUCACCGGCAUGAGCGGCGUCGGAAAAACCACGCUAGCCCAAGUGGUGUACAACAAACAACAAGUGAAGGAACGGUUCCUUCCAAGAAUCUGGGUAUCGUUAUCCCCACAGCCCAACAUGGCCGAGAACCCGAGGGAGGCCAUCAUCACGAAGUUGCUGGCCCGUCUGGGAGUUGAAACGGACACAAUACGCUCGAUCGAGAGCCACGGCCUCCGCGGCCUUCUCUACGCUCUCCACCUGCAACUACUGGGCAAAAAGUACUUGAUAGUGCUCGACGACAUGCGGGACACCAACCCAUGGCACGGCGACGGCGACGGCGACUGCGAUUGCGAUUGUGACUGGGAUGGGUUUCCCAAAGGUUAUGGUGGUUCAGUUGUUAUCACGAGCAGGUCGGAUAAAGUAGCCAAAACCAUGGUUGGGGAAGACAAAGUGCUGCACCUGCAACUGCUCACGGACUGUGAGAGCUGCUGGUGUAUCUUCAAGGAUGAGGUGGAGAAAGAUGGCGAAAGAUUGAAAGAUGACAGCAUCAAAAAGCUGAAACCAGAGGUCGAAAAGAAGAGUGCUGGUCUGCCGCUGGCCGCAAAAGUGAUGGGGGAGAUUUUCUAUGAGAAGCUCAAAGGUCAUGUCUCUGCUGAUGGAUACGAAAAGAAGGUUCCAGAUAACACAAACAAUAUGAGCAGAUAG